UGUGCAGCUCCAGGUAGAACUCCUCUGAGUUGGCAGACUACAAUUCAAAUUGCCAUUGAUGUGGCAAAUGCCUUGGAGUACCUCCAUUUCUAUUGUGAUCCUCCACUGUGCCAUAGAGACAUUAAGUCCAGCAAUAUUUUAUUAGAUGAGAAUUUCAUUGCGAAGGUUGCUGAUUUUGGCCUUUUGCAUGCUUCAAAAGAUGGAUCAGUUUGCUUUGAACCAGUGAACACUGACAUCAGGGGCACUCCAGGUUACAUGGAUCCCGAGUAUGUGACCACUCAAGAGCUCACCGAAAAAAGUGAUGUGUAUAGUUAUGGUGUGCUACUAUUAGAACUGGUUACUGGCAGAAGAGCAAUACAAGACAACAAGAAUUUGGUGGAAUGGUCCCAAGUAUUUUUGAAUUCAGAGUCAAGUCUUGCUGAGCUUGUGGACCCCAGUAUCAGUGAUUUGUUCGACUUUGAUCAACUUCAAACAGUAGCGACAAUUGUGAGAUGGUGUACCCAGAGAGAAGGAAGGGCUAGACCGUCAAUUAAGCAAGUUCUUCGGCUUCUGUACGAGUGUUCAGAUCCGAUGCAUAGUGGGUUUGUUGAAGCUGUGGAAGAUGAAGAGUAUGAAGGAACUGAUGGGAGAGGGAGAAGGAGUAAAGGGAAAAUGCAUAGAGCCGAGGUGUUUUUUCACAGUGGAGAUGGAAGGUGUCUCGCUUCUUCUUCAAGUACAUCUAGGUCGUAUUGCAGUAGAAGCUUUCUACUUGAAACUGGUUCUCCGCAAUCUCCUUCAGCUAUACCCUCCAUUUGCGGACAACCAAUCAUCUGUUUUAGCCACUGAUAAUGGAUUUUGGACUUUUUUGGGUGGAGCACUUUGACGAAGCUGUGGUUGAAUUGUAAAGCACAGGAUCAUAUUUGAUUCAGGUAUGCAUGGCUCUCUACCUCAUUGAGUAAUUGAAACUUUCCUUCAAUCGAGCAGUUUAAUGCAUUUGUCAUGAUUAUUACAAGACAUGUUAAUUGGAAAAAGAGGGGAGAGAAGAAAAACUGCGAGAGUAGGGAUGUUAUUUGUUUUCUAUUUACAUUGUGCUAAAAUUUUGUGGGGGGAAGAGGUAUAAAAUAUGUAUCAUGGCUUGUAUUGUUAAAGAUGCUAAAAGAAAAUUGUCAGAGUAUUGAUCUCUUUGAGGCUGGAAUGAAUUGCAAUUUUGUAAAACUAUGUUGUUUGUCAUAUUUCAA